UUUGGCGAGGGUUUUGAAAUCUGGAAAUGGAUCCUCUGGCUGCAGUGGUCGACAUGGUGAAUGGAUUAACGAAAUCUGCGCAGCACUUCGCUCAUGGACUCUUUAAUUCCCGCCACAAUUCGAGCCCCCGUAGCCCGGAAGAAACAAGCUAUGUGGCAGGGCUUUAUAACUGUUCAAAUGAUCUGAUCUACAGAUAGAAAUAUUGAAGAGGCUGCAACGGGAAGCAUUUUCGGAUAUCAUGAGAAUCAGGGACAGGCAGGACAAGCUAGAAAGACUGCUGAGCUUCUACAAGUUUUCCAAAGGAAGUCCAUUUCAGGAAGCGAGCACUCAUGUAAAGGGGAAGGUGGAUUUUCUAGGGGCAUUGCUCUUUAUGGAUGGUGUUGAUGAGCAGAAAUUUGAAGCAUUUCAGAGAUCAGGAAUCAGAACCGGUAUUGAUACCAGACUUGUAUUUGAAACACACCUUCGAGAUAGAGAUACACUGGCAGCAGAGUUUGUAGCCGGUGACAAAGAUAAGGGUGGCAUGUUCGGUGGCCCACUUUCGCUGGCUAAACUUAUGUACACAGCACACAUCAGCAAUUUUCUCUCUGCAGUUGCAAGUCCAAUGGGUGCAAGAUGCAAAGACGUUGCAGUUGCAACAAAUUCUCAUCAGCAUGAUGCCCUUACUGAAUACUCCGAAUUCGGACCUCCCCUUCUGAAUCAGAACAUUGGCAGUGGCAUUGGCGUAAUGGUUAGAAAAUUGAACAUGGUUGCCACUUUGGCUCAGUUUGUUUCUAGUCUAGGAUUGGCUCAGUUCCAUUCUCCUGAAGCUACACGAUUCUCCACCACUUUUGGACAAGUUGUCUUACAACUCUCCAGAAACACAAAACUGUCUCUCUUGGGCAUGCGCAGAGAUUCCCUGCUAGUUAGUCAAACCUUCAAUCUUGGACCCUUUACUUUCCCGGUCAGCAUAUUGAAACACAGUAGGUUCUCAGCUACAACUGAUGAGGAAGAAAGCCCAAGAAGUAGUGGAAGAUUCAUGAUUGACGGAUCAGUUGCUUUGAUGAUCGACUCAGAUCUUGAUGAGAGCACAAGGCUAGGAGGGUGGAUAGAGAUGAAGAAUUCAAACCCCGGAUAUUCUCAAUGGGCAGUUACUAUGCGGGACACUCCUGAAGAUGAGUUUGGAUGGGGCUUGACGGUGGGAGGCUCACUUCAAGGCCCAAAAAGCUUGGAACACUUUCAGUUCGAAACAUUUUUGAACUUGAACUUUGGCACCAGAUUUAAGUUUCAGCCAGCUAUAGUGUAUGUCAAGGAUGGAGCAAUCCAAUUUCCAGCCAUCAUGCUCCGUUCGAGUUGGUCCUUAUGAUUGAAUGGCCGCAAUAUCCUCCCUUCUCUAAAAAGUUCAUUUUAUUAUGCAUCAAAAGGAAGUGGUUCUGCAUUUCAUGGUUCUUCGGCAGCACAUCUGCACGAAUUAUUGCCGAAAAUCAGUCAGAGGAAACUCUACAUGGGGUUAGUAAUAUAAUUCUUGUGCCUCUUGCCUUAAUUUUUGUGUUUGAAUUGAGAGCAGAAGUUUUUCAAAAGCAAGGGCUCGUAGCUUAGCCAUUUCUAUAGUUAAUUGUAUCUAUGCUAUUCGAUUUAUUUAUUUUAUCCACGAAAUGUUCAACAGGUUAUAUAAAGUUAUUAUUAUUAUUGAUUUUCAAUCAGAAUGAUCCUAUUAAUUUUGGAGGAUUGAGGGAUA